AUGCGGGGCGCUCCAAUCGUUCUGCUCUAUGCCGCUACCUUGGCCUCCGGCAUGGUCAUUACUCCCAGACUUGCUGGUGAGGCUCACAUUGCUGUCCGCGGUGGUGGUGAAGAUCACGACGGCGGUCCUUGGUGGGGCGGUGACCACGGUGACCAUGGAGAUCACGGCGACGGUGGUCAUGGCGAUGGUGGUCACGGCGAUGGUGGUCACGGCGAUGGUGGUCACGGCGAUGGUGGUGGUCACGGCGACGGUGGUCAUGGCGAUGGUGGUCACGGCGGUGGUGGCCCCCCAGCAGAGACCACUCCGUGCGAAACCGAGACUCCUCCGCCUGUCGAGACCUCCACUCCAUGCGAGACCGACACGCCUACAAUUCCCCCAGUUGUGACAUCUACUACUCCCCCGGUUGUAGCACCUACCUCAACCCCAUGUGAAACUGAGACUCCUCCGCCCGUCGAGACCUCCACUCCAUGCGAGACCGACACGCCUACAAUUCCCCCAAUUGUAACGCCUACUACUACCCCAGUUGUGCCACCGUCCUCGACUCCUUGCGAGACUGACACUCCCACUGCUUCUCCCCCUCCUCCCGCCAGCUCGACUCCUUGCGAGACUGACACUCCCACUGCUUCUCCUCCUCCUGCCAGUUCGACUCCUUGCGAGACUGACACUCCCACUGCUUCUCCCCCUCCUCCCGCCAGCUCGACUCCUUGCGAGACUGACACUCCUACGGUGCCUCCUCCUGCUACUACUACGCCUAGCAAAACCGAGACUCCUAUCACGCCUCCUCCCGCUUCUACCACUCCUUGUGAGACUGAGACCCCCACUGGUCCUCCUCCGGUUGUCGUGAUAACUACCACUUACACCACUACCACCUGUCCAGUGACCUGGAGCACCAUCACAAGCGGCUCCACAACCUACACUCACCCCGUGACUCAGACUAGCACGAUCACCGUGACGUCUGUUUCCUCCUGCACUGAGAGAUGCACCCAGCCCACAGUCUCUCCCACCAAGUUCACGAUUCUCCCUAUUGAAACAACAUCUGUCGAGGUGCUUCCACACCCCAGUGUUCCAGCUACUGAGCCCUCAACCCCUCCCACCAAGACUACAAUCCCCCCUGCUAUUGAGACAACUUCUGUCGAGGUGCUUCCACACCCCAGUGUUCCAGCCACUGAGUCCUCAGCCCCUCCGGAAGAGCAUACCACCCCCCCUGUUGUUUCCACAACUGCUGUUGUGGUGCCUCCUUCGGCUACUGAGCCCAGUGUUCCAGCUACUGAGCCUACUGCCCCGGCACAGUCGAGCCCUAUCACUUCCUCCACCGAAGCUCCCCCUGCUGCCUCCUCGCCUGGUUUCAACAGCGCUCCAUCUCUCCAGAGGUCAGCAGCUACGGUCUUCAUUCCUGGCUUGGCUCUUCUAUUUGCCCUGCUCUAA